AUGUCGACAGAAUUUCUAAUUGUUAUUGUCUUGGAUGACUUGGAUGAUCUCUCCAUUAAUGAACAAAACUGUAAUAAUAAAAAUGAUUGGCAGGAUGAAAUCGACGACCAUUUAACAUCGUUGAAUUUACAAUUAUUGGCUUUUCCAUUACCACCAUUAUCUUCACCAACCCAUCACUACUAUUUUGACGUUGCCCUAGUACAAAGAUUGUCGAGGGUAAUAAUAAAACUUGAUUUCAAUUAUCGUCAUGGCAAAGCAGAAAUUAUCAAAUUGACUCAGAAAAUUGAACAAUUGAAAACUUUAACCCCUCAAGAGUUAGUCAAUAA